UCGGAGAUGGCAGACCUCCACCGCCAGCUGCAGGACUAUCUGUCGCAGAGCAAAGCGGGCAGGCCAGCGGAAGCGGAGCAGCUACUCGCUUCGGAGACUGCUGAAGAGCCUGCGGCAGGGGUCGGACCGACGGGAGCGUGGCUUGGACGCGCUGGCCUGCGGUGGACGUGGCCGCGAAGUCACACGGAGCCGGCGGCGGCGAGCCAGGCGUGCCUGCCUAGCGUGACGCGCGGGCAGCAGCUGGCUGCGGGUGGAGCCUGUCUGCUACUCGCUGCGCUCUGCUUCGGUCUGGCGGCACUCUACGCGCCGGUGCUGCUGCUGCGCGCGCGCAAAUUCGCGCUACUCUGGUCGUUGGGCUCGGUGCUGGCUCUCGCCGGCGGUGCGAUACUGCGAGGCGGGGCGGCGUGCGGACGUCUGCUACGCUGCGAGGAGACGCCGUCGAGGCCCGCGCUGUUCUACGCGGCCGCCCUGGGAGCCACGCUGUACGCGGCGAUGGGUCUGCGCAGUACGCCGCUCACGGCGCUGGGCGCCUGCGCGCAGGUGGCCGCCCUACUGGCCUGGUUGGCUAGUCUGCUACCGUGGGGCGGUGGCACCGCGCUGCGCCUGGCGCUUGGUCGCUUGGGCCGCCGCGCAGGCCUAGCUAAUGCGCUGCCGGUGUGAACCCUGGAUAUGCGCCGUCAGGGAACGACGCGGAACCUCCUCAGAACCCGGCGCCUGCCGAGCCAAAGACUGCACCCGUCCACUCCCGGACUAUACCACCGCAGAACGUCCUGAUGACACCUGCCGCUUAGGGCGAAGGCGUCGUCCAGACGGUGCUGGCGAGUGUUAACCUUUAGCAGCUGUUUCAAACUGCGACACCAGCGGUUUCCGGUGGUCCUGAUCUCGCCGUUUCGUGCUAUCCUGGGUAGCAUGUGCUCUGAAAAGGAAGUUUUGUCGUGGAAUUGGUGCUGUGAAGCUGCUCUUAGAAGUUCUUUUUGCACUGUGAUUUUAGAUUGAGCUGAGUAAAAAAGGAAUGGCUCUGUGCA